AUGCCUUUCUUUUCUGCUCUCGGUUCCCUCUGGGAUUUCCUCCGCCCCAAUCGCCCCCCUGCUGGAAAGCCGGCUUCCCGCGUGGACGGUGACGGACCGGAGCCGGCGUCCAAGGUCCGGAGCCGGAUCGAGUCGGUCGGUGCCGAUCCCUCUGACAGAGUGGACGAGUUGCGUGCGCGGCUCUCCUUUCUGUCAACCGCUUGUCUCUCCAUGGCCCCCGUCUUGAUAGUCCUCACGGGCUUGGAACACCUCCACGGUGCUUCGUUUACCGUGGUCGCGUGUCUCCUCGUCGUCUGCGUGCUAUCCGGAGCUGGUGGCACUCUCUUUUACCUUGCACCGGCAUUUCGUUGCGGAGUUACCCAGUAG